UCUUACUGAUCCAGACACUCUGCCGUGACUAUGUGACAAAAUCAUAUGCUGUUAAUUAAACCAGAAAAACUGUAAAAUUACAUUAUUUGGUUGAAAGUGCUGACCCAGUUUGGAUUUCAUUCAUAAGUGCACAUGAGUGCGAACAGGCUGCAGCAAAUCAAAGGUCAUAUUCUGCCUGAAAGUAAGACUGCGGCAAUGGCAGGCUCACCAAGUCCUCUGACCACCCAUGUGCUGAACACUGCCAUGGGUGUUCCUGGUUCCAACAUGGUCCUCACUCUCUAUCGACAAGAACCCUCCACUAGCGUCUGGAGUUUGAUAACCACAGGAACCACUAAUGACGAUGGACGUUGCCCUGGACUCAUCACAAAACAAAUGUUUACACCUGGUGUGUAUAAAAUGCAUUUUGAUACUGCUCAGUACUGGGCGAGUAUGGGAGAGACCAGCUUCUACCCAUAUGUUGAGAUUGUUUUCACAAUAAUUGACCCUGGGCAAAAGUACCACGUCCCUCUGCUGCUGAGUCGUUUCUCCUACAGUACCUACAGGGGGAGCUAGAGAUCAAGCACCUGCGGGGACACCCUUAUCUAUCAGAUACUGUACAUCACAAGCACAGGGCAACUGUACCAUUGUCAUUUAAUCACUAAGUGAACUGACACACUUGUUAUUUUGAAUAAUCAUUCCAUUUAAAUUGUGUCUAGGACCUAUCUAUGUAAGUGGACUUAACCCUGACCUGCUUAAUGAAGUGUGAAGCUUCCUGUGAAAUGUGUUUGUGUUGUUUCCCAUAAAAUACGGUCCCUCUUUCCAAAUAAAAUGAAAAAA